CCUGUGGGCCUUUUCUCCUCCACUGCUAAUAUACAACUAGGUUUCCCGGACACAUUCGACGUCCGUUUACGGCCUUCAACGGUUGAAGAAGAACGAAUCACUACUCCUCGCUGCGAGAGUAUUCUGCUGCCUUCACGGCUUCAUAGUCAUCUAGUGAAGAAGACGAAUCCGAAGAAAUGCCGCUCUAUGACUGUAUGCUUCUGUUGAAACCCCAUGUAACGAAGGAAGCUUUGAUGGACUUGGUGGCUCGUGUAGGAAAACAUGUCUACAGCAGAAAUGGGGUUCUCACCGAUAUAAAAGCCUUUGGUAAUGUGCAGUUGGGUUACGGUAUUAAGAAGCUUGAUGGGAGAUAUUAUCAGGGCCAAUUAAUGCAGAUGACAAUGAUGGCUACACCAAACCUUAACAAGGAGCUGCACUAUCUGAACAAGGAGGAUCGCUUACUGCGUUGGCUUCUCGUUAAGCACCGAGACGUAAAAUUUGGACUGGAAUUUCUGAGUAAAGAAGAUGCGAAAAAUGAGCUCAACCAAUUUCCUCGAAGCAGUAUGUUCGAUGACGAAGAUGUUGACGAGGAUGACAGCGAUGAUGAUGAUGAAUAUGAUCAGAACCAAGAAGAGAAACAGGAUCAUUGAUUGGUAAACUAAUCUGAUGAUGUUCUUUGAUCAUCUCUAAAUUGCAAUGUAUUUUGUUUCAAUUCUUGUUGUUUAGUCCUUAAGCAGUAGUGGUAGGUGUUGUGGGACAAUGUUUUGGUGAAUUGGCUGCAGUGCAAUGAUCUGUAAGGUUUGGCAUUUGGUCCAGGUGGGUGACCUCUUACAUUUUCUCACUAGUUGAGAUGACAUUCAGCAUGUGAAUCUCUAUUGGAUUUAUGGACAUUUGUCUGACAUGGAAAGAAGAAUAAAUUUAUAUAUAAAGUUAUAAAGUUAAUUGAA